AUGCCAAGGAAGAACAACUAUCGAGCUGUAAAAGUGAGUGGGCUCUCAAAGGGCUGUGAUAGUAAUACCAUGUACGUCGGUGGACACGUUCACUGUCGGGAUGUAUUUGCACAACGGGGUAGUCGGGUGCUUGGUGUUGGUCAGUACUCGGGUGGUGUGCGUUGUCUAGUAAAUGGGUCUGGGGGCAGAUUCAUUGCUUGCACCGAAACGGUGGGGUGUGUGACCGCCAAGAAUUUUCGGGAUGUCUUGGUUGUGGGAUUGGGUUUGACAAAGAAAAAUGGUAAAUUAGUUUUCUUGGGACUGGAUAACGCUGGUAAAACGACACUUCUUCAUAUGUUGAAAGAUGAUCGUAUGGCCCAGCAUGUUCCUACACUUCAUCCUACUUCUGAAGAACUCUCACUGGGUGGUAUUCGCUUCACAACAUUUGAUCUUGGUGGGCAUGAACAAGCACGCCGUGUUUGGAAGGAUUAUUUUCCAGCUGUAGACGCUAUUGUAUUUUUGGUGGAUUGUGCUGAUGUUGAACGGAUUGCGGAAAGUAGGCGUGAGCUCGAAAGCUUGUUGGGCGAUGAGCAAGUGGCUUCUUGUCCACUUCUGAUUCUCGGGAAUAAGAUUGAUAAACCAAAUGCAUUAGGAGAAGAUCAGCUAAAAUGGCAUUUGGGGGUAUCAAAUUUGACCACUGGAAAGGGACAAAUUUCGAGAAUGGAUAUAUCGUCGAGACCAAUGGAAGUUUUUAUGUGCUCAGUUUUAAGGCGUCAAGGAUAUGGGGAAGGUUUCAGAUGGUUAUCGCAAUAUUUAGAUUAG